AGAACCUUUCCCAUUUUUUGUUUAUUUUUCUGAAAGAUAGGUUACCUUAAGCAUCCUUAUGUUUACUGUGGAGCAGUGAACAAGUAGGAACUCACUUGCGUGUCUGUAGCAGGCAGCCCGCAGUCUGAAUAGGACAGACAGCACUCAGAGGGUUGGAUGUUGUGCAGGCCUGCUCAAAACAUAAAAUCUUCAUUCUUUUUUUCCUUCCUCCCUCUGGGAGAGAAAGCGUUAAUAUUUUUUGUGCAGGUAUUGAGUCUGGAAGCCUGGAAGUCUUACACAGGUGAGUUGUUCAAUAGGUAAGGCACUACUAGAUUACAUUAGCUUUCCCCUGUUUGAAGAAGAUAGGAGUGAAGAAAUCUUACUUCUAGGAAAAGACCUUCAAAACUACCUUGUGAACAAAGCUCUGUACUUAAUUUGCUAACAAGUGAGUGUAGACUACUGUGUGUCUUAUGUGGCUGUGUGUAUGCUCAAAUUAACCCUUAAAGCAUUGGUCACUGGGACUAGCUCUGUAAAUGCAGGAGAGAGAGGAAAUGAAAUGGGAAGCCUCCCAUCUGCAAUUAAGAGAAAUAGACUCUAAGCACAGACCAGAUAGUUGCUUCAGGGCUGGAACAGUUUGAUUCUGGCACUUUUAAAGGCCUGUCUUAUUAGAAAAGCACUGUAGAGAAAGUGUUCCUUUAAAACAAUCAUACAAAUUUCUCCUACAAAUCCCACCCUAAAUCUGCUUCACAUUAUCUAGCAUCUCUUCAGGGAUUUGAGUACUUUUUUUUUUUUUCUUACAACACAGGCUGCCUGUUGGAGACAAGAGCAUUGUUUCACCAGAGUUGUAAUCUUCUGUCUUCAUGCAAGAGGGAAAAACAUUGUUUUGCAUCUCUGAUAUGAUCCAGCCAGAAAACUGCUCUAGGGAGAAAAAUCAUGGUCCUUGGCAGCAAGGCUGUCUUUCUUUUUUUUCUGUCAGUGCCACAAUGUAUGCUGCUCUAAUAACAUGAGCUUAAACUCCCAUGGAAUGUCUCAGAAGUCCUUCUUAAGACUUGAGGUCGUAACUUGCUGAAAGUUCAGAGGGACGUGUCUCAUUUUCAUAAUAAUAAAAAAAAAAAAUAAAAAAUUCCAGGGUUAUUUUGGAAUUAGGUCUAGUAUGAAACUGGUACAAGAGACUACUUUAGUAAAGUAAUUUAGUGACAGUGCAGCAGAUUUGUGGCAGCUACUGAAAACUUUACACCUUCCUGUCCAACUAAGCUGAACCCUGUAAAUUUCAGAUGUUGAUUACGAAGGUGAUAGUUCAAGCCUCUGUAGACUGCUUGUUUAAAAUGAAUAAUUUGACUGUACCUUCCAGUGGGAAAUACUCAAUAAACUUCACAUAUUGUUUAUUUUAGUUAGAAUGAGCCUGUAGUAGUUUGGCAUGUAUCCCAACUGAGAAAUAUCACAAUUUAUUCAACGGCAGCUGCAUCUUUUACUUAGGCUCUUUCCAGGGGGAUUGAAUAUGCUUGUGUAAUGGUCUUAUGAGCUGGGUAUCUCUUUUAUCAUGUAGACAUAGUUUCAUUGGAUAUUGUCACGAUUCAUACAUGUUACUGUGUAGUAUAACUUUGCAGGGUCGUUGAUUAACCUACAGAGAAAAUAUUGAGAAGUGGGUCGUUGAUUAACCUACAGAGAAAAUAUUGAGAAGUGAACUGAAAUUCAAGUCCAACAUUUUUCAGUAACAGAAUGACAGUAGAAUGUUAUGCCGUACAGUAGAAGAAGGAUAAUAUAGAUUCUUGCUUGCCCAUUAUUCCGACUCUGUAUAGACUUUCUUAUUCUCCAGAGUGUUUCUUCUUCCACUUCCCUUAAAAUAUUUAUAUUUUUUGGUGCAAGCAUUAUAAAGUACUUGAACUUAGGAAAAUACAGUAAAAGAAACAGCAGUAUGAAAAUGUUGCUCAGAAAUGCUUAAAGUUAAGAAUACUAUGCAUAACACUGGCAUAUGGUGUGAUGGCACCCUAUGAUCUGAAGUAUUUAGAAUUUUGUGUUGGAUUAAACUAACCCAUUUAACUUGUGCUGCAUUUGUGAGUGGGGGUAAACAUGAAUUCUUCUCUGGAAGAAUUUCAAAUACAUCUGUGGCUUGAGGCUUACGAGCAUUAGAAAUUUAGCACAGUACUGUAAUCAGUCCAUUUUGUGCCACGUCUCCGUAGUCUUUCAUUAUUGACUAUAGCUCCCUCAGAAUGAAUACGUGUAUUCUCAUGUGGGUUUCUGGUGGUGGUGGGGAACCCUUAUUAUCUUGUUCUGAUUCUGAACUACUCUUGAAAAACAGCCAGCUUGCACAAAUAACAUAAUUGUGAUUUUUCUCCUUAAGGCUGAAAUUUCUUGUAAGCCUUUUUUAAAAUACAUCUGCCUUAAUGAGAAGCAUAUGUUCUUACGUCAGCACCUUUGCUGCCUUCAGUAAGGCAGGCAGGGUAUGUGUGCAUUUUAACCUUAACUAUCGCUUAUUAUGGUCUAUUUGAGAACUUUUAAUGUUUUAAUUUUUUUAAAGAAAAAUGAGUAUGCUACAAGGGUGCUGAAGGAGAAACCACCCAAAUGCAUGUAUGUUAUCCAUGAGUUUGUGUUAAUCGGAGGUGAAUUAAUAGGGAAAAAAUGUGCUUUCAGAGUGGUACCCAAAGUGCUUUUGCAAAGGAAGUAGAAGGGGGAGUGCCUAAAACUGAUGUUUGUAGGCCUCCUAAGGCUGACAGACCUUAUGUUCGGAACAGCAAUCAGUGAUUUGUGUGCUUGCCUUUAUUAGUGGAUGGGAAAGAGAAAUGGUGUCAGUUCCUGUUCUUUCCUUCUUUGUAAUAAGCUUGAAUUCCAGGACUGUGCUUGUUUACUAUCGGAAGCAGAAAAACUUUGUGUCCAAUCCUCCCAUAAGCCAUUAAAUGAUUUUGGUAGGUAAAUGAUACUUUCUAAGGCAGAAUUAGGAGAAAGGAGCAUCUUGUCUCCAUAACAGAGAUAGGAAUCAUUGUGCAGCUCUUUAAUGCCCCUUUCCCACCUUUUCAGUUAUCAUGACAGCCAAUCUUUUUAUUAUCCCCUUGCCUCCACUUUGAGCGCUUCAAUCCUGGGUGUUUAAAUUAAUUCCCUUGUUCACUGAUGUGCUUUAGUAGAACAGGGUAUGAUCUGGGGGGUUCGGGAAUAGAACAGCAGGAUAUACUUUCCCUUCAAACCUGCCUGUGGUUUUAAUAUGAUCCUUUUCAUGCUUGAGUACAGAUGGGUGGUACUGGGAACUGGAAGCUACCAAAAACCAUCCAGUUUUUCAUCGUGGUACCCGGAGUGCUCCCAGAGGAUGUUGAAGCCACAUGGUGCAGAUGUCAAAAAGCAUGUGGAAGAUAGAGAUACCCUAAAGCUGGAUGGUUGGUACAGUAGGCCUCACUAAACUUAGCUGCAACUAAGAAUUUCUCCUACAUCAACUGAGUUAAGGCUGAUGCUCUUGUGGAAUGUGGAUUAAAAGUGCGUGCUAAGUUCCAAAUUUCCAUUUGAGAAGCGGAGAAACUAAAUGUACCACAACCACCAGCAUCAGGACAGCAAACCAAGGGACAAAGAAUUUGAUCCGCAGUGUUGAUACAUGUUAACUGGUUCACGUGUUGCUUAAGAGACGUUUGCUGGGGGGCGAGAAGUGGACGUCAGCUGUGCGAAGUCAUUUUGUUUACAAAAAUGAGGGCUUCUUUGGAAACAGCAGACAUUGCCAUUGUGGCGCUGUACUUCGUGCUUGUAAUGUGCAUAGGUUUUUUUGCCAUGUGGAAAUACAAUCGAAGCACCGUAAGUGGCUACUUCUUGGCAGGGCGUUCUAUGACCUGGGUAGCGAUUGGUGCAUCUUUAUUUGUGAGCAAUAUUGGAAGUGAACAUUUCAUUGGGCUCGCAGGAUCUGGAGCGGCAAGUGGAUUUGCAGUAGGUGCAUGGGAAUUCAACGCCUUAAUGCUUUUGCAGCUUUUAGGAUGGGUCUUUGUCCCUGUCUACAUUCGGUCAGGAGUGUACACCAUGCCGGAAUACUUGUCCAAGCGUUUUGGAGGGCAUAGAAUCCAAAUCUAUUUUGCAGCAUUGUCUUUAAUUCUUUAUAUCUUCACCAAACUUUCAGUUGACUUGUAUUCAGGGGCGCUUUUUAUUCAAGAAUCGCUAGGUUGGAAUCUCUAUUUGUCAGUAAUCCUCCUUAUUGGAAUGACUGCACUGUUGACUGUGACCGGAGGUCUUGUGGCUGUCAUCUACACAGACACCCUUCAAGCUCUGCUUAUGAUUAUUGGUGCCCUCACACUUAUGAUCAUAAGUAUUAUGGAGGUUGGUGGGUUUGAAGAAGUUAAAAGAAGGUACAUGUUAGCAUCACCAAAUAUUACGUCUAUCUUGUUAACCUACAACAUUUCCAAUACCAAUUCCUGCAAUGUGGACCCAAAGCCCGACGCUCUUAAAAUGUUGCGUGAGCCAACAGAUGAAGAUAUUCCCUGGCCUGGAUUUCUGUUGGGACAGACUCCAGCAUCUGUCUGGUACUGGUGUGCUGAUCAAGUCAUAGUGCAGAGAGUUUUAGCUGCAAAAAACAUUGCUCAUGCCAAAGGAUCCACUCUGAUGGCAGGCUUCUUAAAGUUACUGCCAAUGUUUAUUAUAGUUGUCCCAGGGAUGAUUUCACGAAUACUGUUUGCAGAUGAUAUCGCCUGCAUUAAUCCUGAACACUGUUUUCAAGUCUGCGGGAGCAGAGCCGGAUGCUCUAACAUUGCCUACCCACGUUUGGUGAUGAAACUUGUGCCGGUUGGUCUUCGGGGACUGAUGAUGGCUGUGAUGAUUGCUGCACUGAUGAGUGACCUGGACUCUAUAUUCAACAGUGCCAGCACCAUAUUCACGCUUGAUGUCUACAAACUCAUUCGGAAGAGUGCAACGUCUAGAGAACUGAUGAUUGUAGGAAGAGUCUUUGUGGCAUUCAUGGUAGUUAUAAGCAUUGCCUGGGUCCCCAUAAUUGUUGAAAUGCAAGGUGGUCAGAUGUACCUUUAUAUUCAAGAGGUAGCAGACUAUCUGACCCCACCGGUGGCUGCUCUGUUUCUUAUGGGUAUAUUUUGGAAGCGUUGCAAUGAACAGGGAGCGUUCUAUGGCGGAAUGGCUGGGUUUGUCCUUGGAGCGAUACGGUUGAUACUGGCAUUUAUCUAUCGUGCUCCGGAGUGUAACCAGCCAGAUACUAGGCCAAGCUUUAUCAAAAACAUCCAUUACAUGUAUGUUGCUACAGCUCUGUUCUGGAUCACUGGAAUUGUGACCUUUAUAGUGAGCCUUCUUACGCCUCCGCCUACAAAGGAACAGGUUCGAACAACCACUUUCUGGGCUGUGAGAAACAGGAAUGUAAAAGAGAAUACUGCAAAGGGGGAGCGGUACAAAAUACAAGAAAAGAACAUCUUGAGGUGUAAUGAAAAUGCUAACCAUAUCAUUCCAAAUGGCAAAUCUGAAGAAAACAUUAAAAAUAUUAAGCCUGAGGAUAUCAAUCUUCUGGUUACUUGCAGAGAUGACAGCAACCCGGUGAUUUCUGUAAGUCACUCUGAAGUCGAGACACCAGUUGAUUGCUAUUCGAAUGGACAAGCGGCUUUGAUGGGUGAGAAAAAGCACGAGGAAGAAACUGAUGAUAGAGAGAGACAUUUGAAAUUCAUAGAUUGGUUCUGUGGCUUUAAAAGUAAAAACAUGAACAAGAGAGCUGUUCGGGAGAUGGAGGAAGAGACUGUUUGUUUACAAAUGCUGGAAGAGACUCCGAAAGUUAAACUAUUACUAAAUACUGGACUGGUCUGUGUCUGUUCGCUUGGAAUAUUCAUGUUUGUCUAUUUCUCUUUGUGAGUGAAUAGUGAACUUUUAAGGGUAUGGCUAAACAUACAGAAGUUGAUACAGGUCUCCGGAGAUUUUUUUUAUUUUAUUUUUUCCAAGUAACAUAACUGCAACCCAGGCAUUGUUUACGCUAUAACUGUAAAAUCAACUCAACUUUAGCCUAUUUAGAGACCAUUUGAGACAUGUUGUCCUAUCUGCUGAAAGCAGGAUGUGUUUUGUGGUGUCUCUCCCCUUCUUUCUUCUCUCCUCUCACCUCGUUUGCAGUACUAAUCUUUUCUUUUUUUUUCCAUGUACACGUGUGUAAAUAUACCAAAGGCAGGCAGGUGGCUGUGUUUGAAGUCAGGCAGUUCUAGAGUUCAGUCAACAUUAAGAUGAAGAUAACAAGUAAUCAUUUACCUUUGUGUAAAAUCUAAAAUGAUUAAAGCUAUGUCGAAAGAUCUUGAAUGCAAAGUUGUGAUGCACAUCAUUGUAUCAUUGUUCUUUGUAAUGUAGCUGUGUUAUCUUGGCCAACAUAAUACUUAUGAAUUUUGCUCAUCACUUCCAGUGUUUUCAGCUUCUCAGUUCUCUUACGGCAACAACAGAAUGAUAUUUUUCCUGUAGUAAUUUAAAAUGUGGUAUCUGUUAGUAGCUUUCUAUCGUUCUUCCCUGUAAGGAAAUGUUUAUCUUUUGAUCUUUAUCCUUUGUGAAUUGCAGUACUGAAAAGCUGUUAUAUUUAAAGCAAAGAAACCCUGGAGAUGAUGAACUGGCAAUGGAAGAGAGAGGAAAAGGGGGUGAAAAAGGGUUCUCUUCAUUGUGACUUUAUAGUUGUAUUGAAGUGGAAGAAUAUACAUUCAAUGCUGACAGUCCACAAAACUGUAGCCUUAUAUUGUCAUUGACAUAAUUAGGGUUUACCUCUUUUUAGAGAAAAAUCUAUACAUAGGCUCUACCACAUGGGAGAAAGAGAAAUAUUAGACUUCACAUGUCUUAAGUUCAGUGAACACACUAAAAUAUAAUUCUUUUUUUUCCUCCAUGAUGGGGGGGAAAAAGGGAACGCUCCACAGCCUUAUCGCUGCUGUAUGUUGAGAGGGGAAGGGGAGGUGAGAGGAAGAGGUGCAAAGGCCCUGUUUCCAGAGUCACAUCCAGGCUGCCUUUGGAACCAACUUCUGCAGCAGUCUUUGCUCUUGAGCUUGUCUGGGGAAUUGUUUGGAAGAGCCCAAGUGGCCAGGCUGAAACAGUGUGAGGGGCUGUGCCGACAAUGCCCGAUGUGUUUUAAGGGUCCAGAAAUGUUUCCCCUGCAAAGUCAAAUUUCUUAAUAAACUUGAGAACAAAUAGUUCCAGAGAGAUGAAAUUUGGGUUAAUCUUGCCACUGACUGUUGAAGACUGUUUGUUUUCCAGUACAGUGGGUGUCCUGUAAGCUGCAGGCUGCUUAAGUAGCUUUUAGCAAUAUGAUAUAUGAUGUGUAUUUUCAAGCAUACCAGUUAAUGUUGAGUUUUGUGGAGGAUUUUUUUGUUUGUUUGUUUUGAAAUCAGUUGACUCCCACUAGCUCUAAGACUUUAGUUAGAGGAUGAGAUGUCUCACCUUUCUCCACUUCAUUUAGUUGUUGCCACUGUGAAGUAGGAUACUCUAACUGGAAAUACGGUAGUGUUGGAACCCUGUUGGAGCAUCUUAGAGAGGAGAGUUACCAUACCUGAGUCUUGGUGUAAAUACACAUUUUCUUGCAGUUUUGUGGCUCACUUCAUUCAGGAAAAAAUAUUUUAACUCCUUCUUAAUGGUAAAAUUCUAGUAUAUGAAGUAUGUUAAAGGAAUCUCAAUUUAAUGAUGGGGUGAGUUGGGUAUAAUGAUACUGUAUGUAAAAGACAUAAAACAUCAAUAAAUGUUUCUAUGCAGGAUAAAAUAAUCUAGGACAGAACUUGCCUGAUGUUACUGGAAUGAAAAAUGACUUGCAGAAUGAGAAUAAGCCUCAGACUAUCAGUAUUUUCUUGAAAAGCCUAGGUUCUAGUGUGCCAGAUUUGGCACAGGGAAAGAGACUCACGUGCUGGGCACUGUCCUUACUAACUUGGCUUGUCUUUCUAUCAGCAGCUGGUACUUGGGUUUUCCAGAGCAGUCUUUUUGGCUCUAAUACUAACAAAUGCAUUACCACCUAACCUGUGCAGUUAGGUUAGCUCAGGGACCCUUCUGCUUGGCUGCCCUUGCUUCGUCCUUGCUUACUUUUUUUCCAGGGUGCCUUAUGUAGUUAUGAAGCUGAAGGCAUGGCUUUUAGUGCCACCUAAAUAGCAAUUUGCUUAUAAUGUGUUUUCCCAGGUUGUUUUUUCCCUCCUCUUUCCCCAAGUCAUUUGCUAUUUAAACAGAACGGAAUUCUAUCUCCAUUCUGUUUAAAUAGUUAAUACAUGAGAUGCGUGUAUCCUGGUCAGUAUAACUGCAGUCAGAUCCGUGGUCAAAUUGAUCUUUGAUCAUCGUAUGGAGUCAGAAUCUUUCCCAGGUGUACAGUGCAGCCAUUGACUGUUGAAUCUGAGAUACUCAAUAUUCCAGUUAAUACGUUCUUAUUUUUGCUGAACUAACAAGUUGCCAAAUCAAUAUAAGUGAUAAUUGACAGGCGGUUAGAAUAUUCAUGGAGUAAUACUCUCCCCAUUUAAACCGUUAUUGUGAAUAAGCUUUUUAGCAAAUUGUUUGUUUGGUGGUUUUUUUUUCUUUUCAGUCAUCUACAAACAUUUCUAUGGUACUCUCUGCCUGAUGUCGGCCUCUUCAGUCGUGUUCUGUUUCCAUGUCUUAGAGGUGUCAUAGAACUUGCCCGAUACUCUUUGCUACAUGUAACCGCGUAACCACUUAACAAAAUCCUUUUAUUCCCCCAAAAUUUAAGGCUUCAAGCAAACUGUUGGUGAGCAAAUGCCUCACCCAGUCUAAGAGGCUGUAGUGUUAGAAGUUGCUCGAGGGUUAUUUUUUUUAUAGCGUAAACAUGCCUUUGCUAAUUUUUUUGGUUAUGAUCUGCCUACAAUCCUGGUUAAUAUGUUUGGGUCCAAACACCAACUUUUUGGUCUGAUAGAACUGCAGUUUGUCCCGUAAUGGACAAUUGGUUCCAUACAUGUUAAUGACUGGCCUCCUCUGAGGUGGGACUGGCAAGCUGCACAGGGGCAGAGCCAGGGGGAUGCUUGGCUUCCCUCUCUGCAGCAAGGGGAUUAUUUAUUGCCUUGAACUUAGAAUGACAGUCUUGAAGAAGUCGUUUUGGAACUACACCUUUUUUGUUAUUACCCUUAACUUAUUUUUCUGUUAAGAUAUCUGAAUCUUCUCCCAGAAAUCUACUAGAAGCCUUUUAUUUAAAAAAAGAAGAAAAAAAGACAAGCAAAGAAGGCGGCGGCUUCUUGAGAGCUUAAGAGUGCAUUCUGGGAGACUAUUCUUAUUUAAUUUUUUUUUUUUAAUGAAUGAUUUGAUGCUGUUCUCUGCCAAAGUUAUUUUUUUAAUUAUUUUUUUAAUUAUUGCUUUUAUCACUGUUCUUUUUUUUUGUUUCUUUUUCCUGUUAGCUUUUGCUAAUACCUGAAAGGAAAUGGCGAGAGUUUGUAAGAAAUUAAAAAUGGCCUUCAGUUAAACCACUCGUGUAUUUUUUUUUUACUUCUCCAAAUCUGUGUUUCACCCUUAUCCCAGAAGGGCCAGCAUGAGACUUCUGAUGCAAGUCAUGAGAGUACUGUAACUCAGUAGUGAAAAGGAUUUCCUGCAAGGUUACGGUGAAUGGGCAGAGCCAUCAGGGGAUCUCUGCAUGAACACUUAAAGCUAAAGCUGCUUACAACUUUAAAACGUACAGCUUUAUUUUUUUUAUAUAUAUAUUUUUUAAAUCCUGAGAUAAAGGAGGUGAUGGGAGAUACUCCCUUUUAGAGAACAGGAUGCACGGGAGAGGUUGGAGCUGAUAUGCUCUAACACUUUUGAGGAAAUCUUUGGAUUUAGCAUGUAUAGCAAAGCAAAAAAAAAAAAAAAAAAAAAAAAGCUCACCUGUUAAUUUGGUAUUCUGUAUGUUCUGUGCCCUUAAAUGUAAUUGUUUUGAAAAUAAAACUAACCUUGUUACGUGAUGUUAAAAAGCAAA